ACGCACCUGUGUCGAUGUGUCAGAGAAAUUUUCUACUAUAUUGGAUUUUGUAUGACGUUACCGUCAACCAGUGAAAUGUAAUUAUAGGAGUGUCAUUCACGAAUUAAUUGUGAUAGAUCGUAGUGUUGUAGAGAAGCCGAGCAUUCUAAUUACGGAUGUUUAAAAUUAGAAUGCUCGAUGGCUGUGAAUAUGGAAGUAGACAAGAGCAUGUCCGAAGAGAUUGACACUCAGCUAUCGGCGAGCAAUUCAAUAGAAUUUAAUGACGGCACUCGUCGGAAGGACAACGAAAAUGUACGAGAUCUCGAGCAUUCUUAUUCGUCCCCUGAAAAUAAAACAUUCGACAGCGACAAAUGCGAUCGUACCAUUAUAUACACGGAACUGGACGAUCCUGAAAUUUACACGAACGAUUUAGACGGUAAUCGAGUAUUAAAGAAUGAAGAAAAGGAGGACAGCAUAGAGAAUAAAAAUAGAGAAUUAUCCGAAGAUACGAAGAUUUUAAAGAAUGACUGUAAGGAUCAGCGAUCGGAUACAACAUCAAAAAAUUCCACUGAUAACCAUGUGUCUCAGGCUCCAUUAGCCUUUACAAUUGAUUUUGGUAACAAGGAAGUUGAUACAACAAGAUAUCAAAACUUAUUUGAAAGAUACAGUGCCAGGCACAAAAGAAAUCUUUCCACAUCUAAGGUAGAAAUUAACACAAGAAAAAGUGGCACUUCUUUUUCUUCAAAAUUACCACAAAAACAAAAAGUUUCUAGUACACAUUCUGAGGGAUACUUUAGUAGUGAAGAUGAUACAAGAAAAAAAACAGAUCAGUUAUCGGAGAAACUUAAGCAGCUAGGUUCAAAGUCGAUAUUAAAAUCAUCUAAUGCUGGAAAAAAAUCUGAAUCCAGUGUGAAAGUAUCAAAUUUUCAAAAUAAACAAGACUUGAUGACUAGAUCGUUUGAACAAUCAAAACAAAAUAAAUUUCCUCAUCAGAAUCUUUCAUUGGAACUUAAUUACAUGGAAAAAACAAAUAGACCAUCAUACUGGUUACCUCAGAAAUCUGCCACUAUAAAUGAUUUAAGUCGAAUUCAAUGUAACAAUUAUGAUGAUACUACUGGUGAAAAGAUGUAUACAAAGAAUAUAGAUCAAGAAGAUGAUUACGAAAAUUCGUCAGACAAUGAAAAAGUCUCAAACAUCAGUUAUGCUAGAAACAAACAUAUUAAUGCAAAGGAACACAGUUUAUCUAGUGUUGGAUAUACGCUGGAAGUAGAUCCAAAUGAAACAGUUGAGACCAACAUAGAUGCUUUUAAUGUCAGUAAUAUUGAUGCAAGAUCAGAUGGUGGAGUCAGUGAAGCAGGUACAUAUACAAUACACAAAGACUACACUGAUGAAGAAAAAGCAAGAAUGGAUAUUGAUAAAGUAUUUAGUGUUGGCAUUUUAACUGAAGGUGAAAGCAAUGAAGCAUGUAUUCAUAGCUUUAAGAUGAGUGUUUCAAGAGACAAUAGUACAUGGAUAUCAGAAUGGGCAACUCAAGUAGCGGAACAUAAUUCUCUUCCACCAGCAAUUGGUGGACCAACUGGCCGUACUCCUCCUCUGAGUCCUUCCAAGAUACCAUCUCCUAUUCAUACUAGAUCUCAAAGACUCUCUCGUAGUCGCAAUGAACAAAGUGACAGCAGCUUGGAUGCGGAAUCGUACUUGCGAAUAAAAGAAAGAAUUGGUUUGGUGUCUAACCAACAUACACUUAUCGAUUCUGGAGGAGAAUCAGACGACGACACCAGUAACAGUUACAAUACCCCUCCACAUAGCUCGCAACGGACACCGGUACACGGUGCGCUAACUAGGCGAGGAAGCUUAUCUGAAUCUCUCUUUAGAAGAAUUAAUACGAGUGAAACUAGGAGAAGUCUUCGGAAGUAUUUGAAUUCAAAUAAAUCUAAGACUGAGGAUGCUAAUGCAGAAUUAAGUAGUCCGUCCAUAGAUUUUGCUUCCCUUCAUUUAGGAAGACGAAGUAGUUCCUUGGAUAGGAGAGAAUAUACAUCUGAUACAACUGAAUCUAAUACGUCCAGGAGAAGUAGUAUGAAGAAUUUCCAAGAUGAUGAAACUAAAUAUACAACGAGCCCUAUUUUAAGCCGUCUAAGACCAUCUACACCAAAAUUAACUAAUAGUCCGAUUGUAAGUCGGAAGACAGUUACAACAAUUGUUAAUUCGCCUAUGCUAGAAAGAACUAAGCACUUGACGAAAUCGUCUCCGCAAGCGAAAAAUAUUGGGUAUUUUACUUGUGUUGAAAACAGUCCAUACAUGUUAAGGAAAUCUAAUAGUACUGCAAGUUACCACGAAGGAAAUACUGGUUUUAAUAACAAAGAUACUCUAACGAACUCGAACAGUGUUCUUCAAAAUAGUCCAAAUCUUCAGCGCAAUGUAAAUAUCCAAAGAUCAUGCAGCAAUGCAAAUAUCAGAAAUAUCAAGUCACAGGGUCAGUCCUCGCGUCGCAGUAGCUUUAACAGUAGUGACAUAGAUAGAACAUCUUCCGGGGGAAGAUGUCUUGUUGCUUCCGACAGUAGCAGUGAAACUGGUGAACAGCAAAUAAAAUCUUUCGUAGCAUCAGCAUCGUCUGGAAUUAAAUUGAAUCGAGCGUUCAGCAUAAGAAGAGCUAGAUUAAAUUGUGAGUCUGACACAACUCCAAAUACAACUCCAGAAGAAAGACGUAAAAGAGCACAAAGUGAAGUGAAAACAGUAGCUUCUUCGGUAAACAAACAACAGAAUUAUCAUCGAAGUCGUGCAAGCAACAUGAAUACACAUAGUAAGGAACCUUUAAAAAAAUCAGAACCUACAAAACCUAGAGCUGUAUCACUAUCGAGAACUGAUAGUACUAGACUUAGUAUGAGAGUACCAAAAUCAGUGCAUCAUGCCACCAUUACACAGCGACCCAAUCAGAAAGUAAAUAAAGAUCAGAAGUCUGGUAGAAGUAAUUCAACUUUAACAUCAAAGGAAGUAGAAUUUCAAAACUGGAAAAGAAGAAAAAGUUAUGAUCCUAUGAAAGCAGCUGCUGAGGGAAGAAAGAAAUUAAUAGAUAACUCGAAAAAACAUCACAGUACAGAAGAUAGUACAGGAAAACACGAUAAUUCUGUAUUACGAUCCGCAAGUUUUCAUGGAACUGGUGGCACUCUUUCAUUAGCUAAUGAAUGGUCUGACAACGAAAUAAAUUUUGCUCAGAAUGACAAUCAAGUACCUCCACCAUCUAGUCCGCAGUUGGAAAGCGAUAGUGAUCUAGAAACAUCGUACUAUUUACAAGCAACGCAAAAUGUUGUAUCAGCUAUGUCAGCUCGUAUUACAGUCCGUCGUUCACCUUUAGUGGAUUCAGAUAACGAGAGCGAUGAAGAUACUAGUCACAGUCUGCAUAAAAAUAUGUCGAAAACAUUACAUCAACCUAGCGAUACGGAAAGUAGUGAUGAUCGCCAGCCUAACAGGCAGAAUGUUAUUUCAAACACUAAAUAUAAUAGGGCAUUUAGUUUACGUAGGGCCAGAUUAGAAUCACAACCAACAAAAUUACCAACAAAUAUAAAUAAUAAGAAGUUAGUGACGCAUGACACUAGAGGAAAAUCUGAGUCCAUCACAAGUAUCAGUAGAACUGAUUCUGGACGUUUUAGUAUGCGAUCAAAUAGAACUUCAAAUACGGGUCCUAAAAUAAAACCAAAGGAAACAAAAAAAUCUGCAACGCCAAACGCAAGGGAAGUUGAGAUGCAAAAUUGGAAACGUCGUAAGAGUUACGAUCCCAUGAAAGCAGCUAUGGAAGGAAAGAGAAAAGCUGGAUUAGUAAAGAAAAACACAAAUGCAAAUCUUUCCCCAAGUCAUGUUGCAAGAUCACGCAGUUUCCAUGGCUCAUCAGGAUUCGGAGUUAGUGAUUGGAGCGAUGAAGAGUUGGCUAUAUCUGCAGAUGAAGCUGCCGCUUACUGA